AUGUCUACACCCAACAUCAUCAUUAUCGGCGGAGGUGCUGCCGCCAUCUCCAUGGCGCACACCCUCAAAGAGAAACUUGGCUUCAGAAACUUCGAGGCAUGUCCUAUCUACGAGAAGCGGGAAGAGCUUGGGGGUACUUGGAGAGUCAAUACCUACCCAGGAUGUGGCUCCGAUGUCCCCAUACAUCUUUAUUCCUUCAGCUUCAAUCUCAACCCCGACUGGACUCAAGCACUAGCUGACCAAGAGGAGAUUCUCAGAUAUAUGGAAAACACGGUGGACAAGUUCCAACUGCGCAGCCACUUUCGCUUCAACACCGAGUGUACCGGCGCUGAGUGGGUAGACGGAGCAUGGAACGUCCACUUUGUCAACCCAAUCACUCGAGAAAAGUUCACCAAGCAAUGCACGAUUCUUCUCUCAGCGGUCGGCGGCUUCUCGAUCCCUCGACCGGCUCGAUUUCCUGGCAUGAACAAGUACAAGGGCAGAGUAUUCCACACGGCCGAGUGGGAUCACACCUUUGACUGGAAGAACAAAGCCGUGGCUGUUAUUGGAAACGGAUGCAGUGCCGCCCAGGUGGUGCCCUCCAUCGCACCUGGGGUCAAGCGACUGGUUCAAUAUGCCCGCAGCCCUCAGUGGUACCAUCCUCGGCCCAACAGAGGGUUCUCUACCUUUGACAAGUUCUGCUUUCGUUAUUUGCCAUUCUGGCAGAGGUAUUACAGACUUGACCUCUUUCUCAAGACAGACAGUCUCGCCUCCGUGUACGGGUCCGACGAGAGGCAGAUCAAGAAGCGACUUGCUGUUGAGGCAGAGGCAAGAAGUUACAUUCACAGAGAAGCACCUCAGAAAUACCAUGACUUCAUAUUUCCCGACUUCCCUCUCGGCUGCAAAAGACGCAUCUACGAUCCCGGCUACCUGGCGUCUCUGCACCGCGACAAUGUUGAACUACUCCCAGAGGGUAUACGAGAGUUCACUGAAACUGGUCUUGUCAGCGAGACAGGCAAGCGGCAGGACUUUGAUGCAGUCAUUCUUGCAACCGGUUUUGACGUUCAGUCUUUUCUUGCCCCAAUGAAGAUUACUGGAAAGACUGGUGAGGAACUUCAAGACCAGUGGUCUAGACGACGUGGUGCUCAGGCAUACAUGGGAACAUUCGUGCACAACAUGCCAAAUCUUGCCAUCCUAUUUGGACCAAACACCUUUCCCGCAUUCAACUCUGUCAUCUAUGCCAUCGAGGUGCAAGUGGCUUACAUCACGUCUGUCCUUGUAAAGCCAGUCAUCGACGGCUAUGCCGACGUGAUUGAAGUGAAGCAAGACGCUGAAGAAAGUUUCAUUCAAGACCUGGAUAAGAAGCUUGGAGAGACUGUCUUUUCCGCGGGAUGCAGCAACUGGUACAUCAACAAGGCUGGUCGCAACUCUGCUGCGUGGCCUGGCCUUGCUGUGACCUUCUGGCAAGCCACUUUCUUCCCCAAGUGGAGCCAUUUUCUCAUGACGGGGGGGUCUUCUUUCUGGAUGAUUCGAAGAACAUGGAGGAACUUGAGGACCAUCUCGCCGCGUACUUGGCUUGCCCUCAUCACUAGCGUCGGGCUGGCAGCGUUCUGGGGAGGUUUGGCAGUUCCCGAUCCUCUUGAGGACCUUGUCCGUUUACUGAAUCGACAAGUAUAA